CCCAAUGCUCAAAAUUUAAUAGCUUGAAACACUGUUGCUAUGGGAACGGAAAAGAAGUGUUUUUUCACUUUCUUCUCCACAACAUUUCUCCCCCUUCUCCUCCUCUUGCUUUACUCGAUAUCAGCUUUCAGCUCCCCUAGACCUUUCUUCUCACUCGGCCAACGCGGACCUCAUUGUCCACCGGCAUUUGCGUACUAUAUAUUUGGUGGAAAAGGUGAUAAAGAUCGGAUCUUUAGGCUACUGCUUGCUGUGUAUCAUCCCAGGAAUCGGUAUUUGUUGCAACUUGGAGCUGAGGCUUCUGAUGAGGAAAGGUAUAGGUUGACCCUGGCUUUGAAAUCCGUACCUGCUAUUAGGAGCUUUGGAAAUGUGGAUGUCAUAGGGAAGCCUGGUCGUUUUUCUUACGUGGGUUCUACGCAUAUUGCUGCCACGUUGCACGCUGCUUCUGUUUUGAUGAAGGUUGAUUCUGGCUGGGAUUGGUUUAUUGCUUUGAGCGCUUUGGAUUACCCCUUGGUUACUCAAGAUGAUUUGUCUCACGUGUUCUCCUUGGUUAGGCGGGACCUCAAUUUCCUUAAUCAUACUAGUGACCUUGGGUGGAAAGGAGGUCAACGGAUCCAGCCUAUUGUAGUUGAUCCAGCGAUUUACCUAGCUAGGAGGACUGGAAUUUUUCAUGCUAAUGAGAAACGACCAAUGCCGGAUGCUUUUAAGAUAUUCACAGGUUCCCCAUGGGUCAUCUUAAGCAGAUCCUUUCUGGAAUUUUGCAUUCUCGGGUGGGACAAUCUACCUCGGACCCUUCUGAUGUAUUUCAAUAACGUUAUGUUAUCCGAAGAAAGCUAUUUCCAUUCCGUCAUAUGCAAUUCACCAGAGUUCAAGAACACUACCGUAAACAGCGAUUUAAGAUAUAUGAUUUGGGACAAUCCUCCAAAGAUGGAACCCCACUUCCUCAACGUUUCGGAUUAUGAUCAAAUCGCUCAAAGUGGAGUGGCAUUUGCAAGACAGUUUAAAAAAGACGAACCUCUGUUGGACAUGGUUGACAAAAAGAUCCUCAAGCGCAGCGGACGAAACCAAGUUGGCCCGGGGGCAUGGUGCACCGGCCGGAAUAGCUGGUGGUCGGAUCCUUGCACGCAAUGGGGUGAUGUAAAUGUCCUAAAGCCUGGACCUCAGGCGAAGAAGUUAGAAGAAACCAUGACAAACCUUCUCGAUGACUGGAGUUCACAGUCUAAUCAAUGCACGUGAAGGCAGUGUCCGAAAUUGUGAACUGAAAGGUGAAUAUUUCGGAGACUCACUGCCAUUCUUGUUGCUUCUGAGUUCCAUUGAUGGUUCGAAAGUAUGCCAUCAAAUGAGAUUCAUUCCCAGGCAUCUGUAAAACUAUCUUUUGAGGGUUCCUAAAUUCACAAGGUAUGAUUUUAAAGCAAGUGAAUUGAGUUGGUAGGUUAAGGGGUUAGUAUUUAAUGGUGAAAAGCCACAGCAGAAGACUCUUCAAUGAGGAAAGAAGGACCUCCCUUUUGAGAUGCCAUUUUGCAUGCUGU